AUGCUACAUAAUAUUUGCAUUUUUUGUGAAGGCAAAUGUGGGAUGUGCAAUAAGCCUGUCAGUGCGAUAUUUCUAUAUAUUUUGACUGUCUCCGUUCGGGGAGUUUUAUUAUGUUUGCUUGGUUCGUUUCAGUUUUCCCUUUUUUGAGUAACCCGCGGGAAAUAUAUCGCUAGCAGACAACACUUACAGUCUAUCCUCAUCAGGUGAGACAACGACUCCAACAUGGGUCCUAGGAGGUCGAAGAGAUGUCAAGAAAAGAACAACCUGUUACAAGAAAGUGGAGCAACAUAUUCGAGGAAACAACGCAAGAAAAUGACAAAUCAAAAAUGGAAUGACAACGAUGACAAAAGUUCUCAGCCAGUUGUUGAUGACGCUUAUGAAAAUAAAGCCAAAGCCACUGAACUGUCCACAUCAUGUCAGAGAAUCCAAAACGGUCUUACGGAAGUGGAAAUUGAUUUUUCUAUGAGGAAAACAGAUCUAUCUGUCCCAACCAAUUUUAUGUUUCCAUAUCUUCAGCGAAGUCUCAACUUCACCCAUCAUCAGUAUCAGGCUUCCGUGGGCCUGCUCUCUCAUCCACGACUCCAGCAUUCACAGGGCGUGGCAGGUCCUGUAGUCAGCAUGGUAUCUAACAUGCAGCUGUUACGCACUGGUAGUCCAUUUGACCGCCGAGUGACCGCCAUGGCAUGGCACCCCAGCAAUCCCAAUGUCCUAGCAGCUGGUUCCAAAGGUGGCGACAUUUACCUGUGGGACAUUGACAACAUCAACAACAACGACAACUUCAUCCAUGGUGUAGGACCUGGGGGAUCCAUACAGGCCCUCAAGUUCUGGCCUUGGAAUGACAGGCGUAUCAUCACUGCCUCCAUUGAUGGGAGAGUCGUAGUCCAGGACACUGACGGCAGGAAGACAGAUGUGCUGUCUGACACCUUCAACUGCUAUGACUUCUGGUACUGCUCUCUGGAUGUGAGCCAGGCACGGAAGCUUGUUGUUGCCGGGGACAAUGUGGGCAACACGCUGCUGUUGUCUCAUGAAGGGAAGAAGAUCUGGAGCCACAGACUACACAAGGGCAAGGUCACCCAUGCUGAGUUCUCCCCUCGUGAAGACUGGUUGUUAUGUACUGCUUCCAUCGAUCACACUGUCAAGCUGUGGGACGUACGCAUGAUCCGGGACAAGAAGAGUGCCCUCUGUGUUCUUCAACAUGACAAGGGAGUCAACUCUGUGUACUUCAAUCCAUCUGAUGGCUGCCGGCUCCUCACUACUGAUCAGGGAUCUGAAAUUCGGGUGUAUCAGGCUCCAGAGUGGAGCCUUGAAAGGACAAUACCACAUCCUCAUCGUUUCUUCCAGCACAUCACACCCAUCAAGGCAUCCUGGCACCCCCUCCUGGAUCUGAUCGUGGUAGGCCGCUACCCUGACAAGACAUUCCCUGGCUACAUGGACGGCGAGAGACGAACAGUCGAUGUUUUCGAUGCGUCCACAGGGGCUAGAGUUUGCCAGCUACAUGACCCAUCAGCGCCAGGGAUAGUCUCGUUGAACACAUUCAGCCCAGAUGGAGAUAAGCUGGCUUCAGGCAUGGGUGUGAACCUCUUGGUGUGGUGCAGACAGGAUGAGGUGGAGAAGAAGCAGCUGGUCCUGCUUCAGAAGUACAAGCAGGGAUCCAACUCCUCGUCAGACCCCUCACAGAGACAACCAAAAAGGAAAAAGCCAACCAACACACAGACCAAGUCCAAAUCUACAAAAGACACUGCUCAGCUGAAAACUAAGCUAAAAACAAAAACAAAGAAACUCUGAACUUUUUUGUAUGAUGGAUCUUUGUAAAUAAUCAUGUCAGGACCAGACGAUCACAUUAAAAGUCACAACUCAGAACUCAAAUAAAACUUUUCCUACACGGUU